UUUCCCGAAGCAUGGCGGAGACGAAGAGUCUUGAGAAUGCCGAGCCUGUGUCUCCAGGAAAGGCGGUGCAGGCCGAUGGUCCUGGUCUGCUGGAGCACAGCCGCGAGUUCCUGGACUUCUUCUGGGACAUCGCGAAGCCGCAGCAGCAGACGCGGCUCGAGGCCACGGAGAAGCUGCUGGAGUACUUGCGCACCAGGCCGAGGGGAUCGGAGAUGAAAUAUGCCCUGAAGCGCCUGAUCACUGGACUUGGGGUGGGGCGAGAAACCGCCCGGCCCUGCUACAGUCUGGCUCUGGCACAGCUGUUACAGUCUUUUGAAGACAUCCCCUUAUGCAGCAUCCUGACACAGAUACAAGAAAAGUAUGAUCUGCAGAAGGUGAAGAAGGUAGCAAAGAGACCUGCUCUCUUUGCAAACCUGUUUGGGGUGCUAGCCCUCUUUCAGUCAGGCCGACUGGUGAAGGACCAGGAGGCUCUGAUGAAGUCGGUGAAGCUGCUGCAAGCACUGGCCCAGCACUCUAAUCACUUACAGGGGCAGCCCCUGAAGGCCCUGGUGGACAUCCUGUCUGAGGUACGGGCUUACUAGCUAUGAGAUUCAGGUCAUACUACCCGUUAAGGAAAUUCUA